GGAAGAGAGAGAGAGAAACGCCGAAGAAGGGUUUGGGUUUUGGUUUCGAAAGGAAAAAAAAAAAGAACGAUUAUAGAGAGUGGCUCGAGUCAAGGCUCACACUCGGUAGUGUGUGUUAGUUUUUGUUAUUGCAAAGCACAGAUUAAAACUCCAUUUUUAAAUAGCCGUUAAGUGGGUUUUCUUCUCCCGCCAUGGCUCAGCUCGAGACCCAGUCCCAGAGCCAGAGCCAGAGCCAGAGCCCACAGCAACCCCCAUUAGACCUCAUCCACCAGACCAAGUCUUUGAUUUCCGCUCUCAACUUCGUCUCCCGGAAUCUCCCUCUCCCUGCUGACCUCCUUGACACCGUUUCCUCCAUCUAUUAUGACGCCGAACGAGAUGCCCAACUCGCAAGAUCUGACCAGAGUGACUCGGAAAAUCAUGCUGAUAUUUCCGAAGAAUUGUUACCUGAACUUCAGGAGGCACUGCUUAAACAGCGUUCUAAUUGCAUGUCAAGUUUUGAAUUAACAGAAUCAAGGGAUAAACGUUAUCAAAGCCACAUUCAACAUCGAUUAACUGAACUUGAAGAAUUACCUUCAAGUAGAGGAGAGGAGUUACAAACGAAGUGCUUGCUUGAGCUUUAUGGAUUAAAGUUAGCAGAUUUGCAAAAGAAGGUUCGUGCUGAAGUCAGUUCAGAGUAUUGGCUACGCACAAACUGUGCACAUCCUGACAAACAGCUAUUUGACUGGGGCAUGAUGCGUUUGCGUCGCCCAUUAUAUGGUGUUGGAGAUGCGUUUGCCAUGGAGGCUGAUGAUCAAUUCAGAAAGAAACGGGAUGCUGAGAGGCUCUCAAGGUUACAAGAAGAAGAGAAAAAUCAGGUUGAGACUCGGAAAAGAAAAUUUUUCGCUGAAGUCCUUAAUGCAGUUCGUGAAUUCCAGUUGCAAAUUCAAGCUUCUUUGAAACGCCGAAAACAAAGGAAUGAUGGAGUCCUGGCAUGGCAUGGAAGGCAAAGGCAACGUGCAACACGGGCUGAGAAGUUGAGGUUUCAAGCAUUAAAAGCUGAUGAUCAAGAAGCAUACAUGAGAAUGGUGAAGGAGAGUAAGAAUGAGCGAUUGACAAUUCUUCUUGAAGAAACAAAUAAGCUUCUUGUUAAUUUAGGAGCUGCUGUUCAACGUCAGAAAGAUAAUAAAACUUCAGAUGGAAUUGAAUCCUUGCAUGGCUCUGAAUCUGAUUCACCUGAGUUGGAUGGUGAAUUUAUUGAUUCUGAUCGGAAUGAUGAGGCCAACGACUUACUUGAAGGUCAGCGGCAGUAUAACUCAGCAAUUCACUCCAUUCAGGAAAAGGUAACGGAGCAACCAUCCAUGCUACAAGGUGGAGAAUUAAGACCAUAUCAGGUAGAAGGAUUACAAUGGAUGCUCUCAUUGUUCAAUAACAACCUUAAUGGAAUUCUGGCUGAUGAGAUGGGGUUAGGAAAAACAAUUCAAACCAUUUCUCUGAUUGCUUAUCUCAUAGAACACAAGGGUGUGCAUGGACCCCACUUGAUAGUGGCCCCAAAAGCAGUUCUGCCCAACUGGGUUAAUGAAUUUGCAACAUGGGCUCCUAGUAUUGCAGCCAUUCUCUACGACGGGCGUCUUGAUGAAAGAAAGGCAAUGAAAGAAGAGUUAGCUGGGGAAGGAAAAUUUAAUGUGCUGAUCACACAUUAUGACCUAAUUAUGAGAGAUAAAACAUUUUUAAAGAAAAUUCCUUGGUGCUACCUGAUUGUAGACGAAGGCCAUAGAUUGAAAAAUCAUGAAUGUGCUCUUGCACAGACACUUGCAGGUUAUGAUAUGCGGCGAAGACUCCUAUUGACUGGUACUCCUAUACAGAAUAGUUUGCAGGAGCUAUGGUCCCUGCUUAAUUUUCUUCUUCCACACAUUUUUAAUUCAGUUCAGAACUUCGAGGAUUGGUUCAAUGCACCAUUUGCCGAUCGAGGAGAUAUUUCUCUAACAGAUGAGGAACAGCUGUUGAUUAUUCGUCGUCUUCAUCAUGUUAUAAGACCAUUUAUAUUGAGGAGGAAAAAGGAUGAAGUGGAGAAAUACCUUCCUCAGAAAUCUCAGGUCAUACUGAAAUGUGAUAUGUCAGCGUGGCAGAAAGUAUAUUAUCAACAAGUCACUGAUGUGGGUAGAGUUGGACUAGAUAAUGGUAGUGGGAAAUCGAAGAGUCUACAGAACCUUACAAUGCAGCUUAGAAAAUGUUGUAACCACCCAUAUCUUUUUGUGGGGGAGUAUAAUAUGUGGCGCAGGGAAGAGAUCAUCAGAGCAUCUGGAAAAUUUGAAUUGCUGGACCGUUUACUCCCAAAACUCCAAAGAGCUGGGCAUAGGGUCCUGCUUUUUUCACAAAUGACUCGUCUUAUGGACAUUCUUGAAAUAUAUCUACGCCUUCAUGAAAUUAAGUUUCUUAGACUUGAUGGUUCAACAAAAACUGAGGAAAGAGGGACUCUGCUAAAGCAAUUCAAUGCUCCAGACUCCCCUUUCUUCAUGUUUCUCCUGAGUACUCGUGCUGGAGGUCUUGGUUUGAACUUGCAAACAGCAGAUACAGUAAUUAUUUUUGACAGUGAUUGGAAUCCACAAAUGGAUCAACAGGCAGAGGAUCGAGCUCAUCGUAUAGGACAAAAAAAGGAAGUCAGAGUUUUUGUAUUGGUUAGUGUUGGAUCUAUUGAAGAGGUUAUCUUGGAACGUGCUAAACAGAAGAUGGGUAUAGAUGCCAAGGUCAUCCAAGCCGGUUUAUUCAAUACAACAUCGACAGCUCAAGACAGAAGAGAGAUGCUAGAAGAGAUCAUGCGCAGAGGUACAAGUUCACUUGGGACAGAUGUGCCGAGUGAGAGAGAAAUCAACCGCCUUGCUGCUCGGUCAGAUGAUGAGUUUUGGAUGUUUGAGAAGAUGGACGAAGAGAGAAGGCAAAAGGAGAAUUACCGAUCUCGACUUAUGGAAGAUCACGAGGUUCCUGAAUGGGCAUAUUCUAAACCUGACAAAGAACACGAGACCAAAGGGUUUCAUAGCGGAAGUAUAACAGGAAAGCGACGAAGAAAAGAAGUUGUUUAUGCGGAUUCCCUGAGCGAUGUGCAGUGGAUGAAAGCAGUGGAAAAUGGAGAAGAUAUAUCAAAGCUUUCUGGCAAAGGAAAAAGGAGAAACCACUUUAUAUCAGAGACCAGUGAAGCUAGUAAUAAUAGUAAUGGUGUGGAAGACGAUAAGGUUAUAGAACUAACUGAAUCUACACCACUUGCCAGUGAGGGAACAAGCGAAGACACCUAUGCUCAGACACCGCUGAUGAAGAGACUCAAGUCAGAAGAAGGAACAAGUACAGAGAGACAUGAUUAUCAAGGGGUUGGUGUAAGUAGUUGGAAUGGACAGAUAUUGACAUGGAAAACCCACAAAAAGAAGAGAUCAAGCUACUCUACUCAGAGCUCAUUCUCUGAUUCUAGAGGACAGAACAGUAAUGGAAGAGGAAAUGGAUGGAGUUGAUCAUAGUUAGAUUGGUGGAAAAAAAUGGAUAAAAUAUUUUGGUAGAGUUGUCUCUUCUUAGUACAUAUUCAGCAGCCCUCUAGAUUUUGUACAUGGGUCUGAGCUGUGACAAGCUUUUAGCUAACUUGUUAGGGCAGAGCAAGGCAUUCAAGGCCAUAUGAAGAUGGCUAUGGCUAAUGCCCACUCACAAUCCAUUUAUUAUUCUACUUUGUAAGACUAUCUCCCACAGUCUUAAAGGAUCAAUUUGUGCUAUAUUUAGCACAAAAAGUUAAUGUGAUAUAUUUGGCACAAUUUUUAACAAUAUGCUUCAAUGCACUAGUGUAAAAGUUCAUGAAAAAAUUAAUUUUUUAAUUAAUGUUCAUUUAAUUUAUUGAAAAAGACACUUGAAAUAGUAAUAAUAUUUUUUCUUCUUAAAUUUAGCAUUGAAAUGAUUUAAUGUUAAUAGUGAAAGAUACUAAUAAUAUAAAACAAUGAGAUAAAAGUAAAUAUAAAAAAUAUAGCAUACAAAUAUGUUAGGACUUAGCCAGCACUUCUUUUGGUGCAGUAAUUAUAUUUUUUUUAAAGAUGGUUUAACAUGUUUUUUUGGGAUGGUAUAAAGGAGUGCUAAUUACAAUUUUUGGUCAAUUUUUAUUUGAAAUCACAUGCCGAAAUAUUUUUUUCAAAAUUUUUAUAACGGUAUUCGUUAUAAUUACAAUAUCAUCCCCUAAAUUUUUCAAAAAUUUUGAAUAAUUUAUAGUAUCAAAAACAAAAUUUCUAUUAUUUCAAUUUACCACACGUGUUCAAAAAACUUCAAACGUAUUUUAUUUGAAUUUUUUUUAAAAUUUACAAAGAUGAUUUAUAAGCAUAACAAAUGUAAAAAAAAUUGAAAAAAAAAUAUUCUAACAUAUUUCAGGCAUAGAGGUUGACGGGCAAGGCACAUCGUCAAACACCAAAUUUCUUUUUUCGAAGGGCAGGCAUUGCUUGACAAAUAUAUGUAAAACAUAAGUAACACUGAAAUACAACUACUCUAUAAUCAUUGGUAACACCCAUACAAGACACUUUUGCUGUAUAGCAAAAGGGCAAAUACUAGAUUAAAAUAUUAAAAUACCCCCUGGUAAGUUCCAAGACACCAUUUUUUUGCCAAGAUUUAUGAUGACAUAAUAAACUCGUUGAAUCCAAAAAGACAACUUAAAAUGGAACAAUAAACCAAAUAACUAACAACUAAUCCUACUGAUAUCUUUAGAUCCAAAAUGCUUUGCCUAAACUACCCCAUACAUCUCUUCCUCAAAAUAAGAUUCAGUAGAACAGUCAAUCCUAAUGCUUAAAUGCCUCCAACAAUAAACAAUAUUAAUGACUAUGAGGUUUACACACUAUAAUAAUGGAGAAACAAUUGAAAUACAGGGCCUCUAGUCCGCUUCAUCAACUUCAAGGUUUUUCAGCUUUGAUCCUAAUUCAUCUUCAUCCUCACCACCUUCUUCAUUAUCAUUAUCAUCAUCAUCAUCAGCAUCAGCAUCUUCUCCCUCAGGAUCAUUCUCAUCCAAAGGACCAAGAAGAUCAGGAGUUUUCUUGAAAAUAUCCUUCACCUCAUCAAUCCCUUCAUCAGAGAUGUAAUUUCCAUUGAUGUUCAACAACUUGAAACCAGGCUUUUGGACCACAAUCUGAGCCAAAAGACGAGCCCCAGCUCUUCUUAUUAAGUUAGUACUCAUAUCAACUUCAGUCAACUUUGAGUGACCUUCUAAUGCAUUGGCUAUCUGAAUAGUACCUUCAUCUUUGAGUUCAUUUUCAGACAAGUUCAGCUUACUGAGAUGCUUCAUCGAAGAUAUACAAGCUGCAAGGGCAGGAGCAGCUUCAACAGUUAUGUCAUUACCAGCCAUAUCCAAAACUUCAAGUAAAGGAGCUGAUUCCUUGAGAGUGUUGGCUAUAGCAACUGCACCCUCAUUUUCCAUGUUAAUGUAACUCAAGUAAACUUCUGUCAUGUAUGCGUGGUUGGACAGUGUUUUGCUCAAUGCAAUUCCACCUUCCACACCAAACAUAUUGUCCCUCAAAUCAAGCUUCUUUAAAUGGGUACACGUAGCUAGAGCUUCAGAUAAGGCCACUCCUCCUUCGGCACCAACUCUCGUAGAGGAGCAACGAAAGUCCUCCAACAGAGGAGAGCGUUUCACAACCUCAGAGAUAGCCACUGCUCCUUCAUCUCCUGUCAUAUUAUUGUGAAAAUGAAGGAUUUUAAGUUUCUCCGUAGAAGGAAUCAACUCACAAAUUGCUCGAGCAGCUUCUUCGGAGAUUCCAUCAUUCAUCAAAUAGAGCUCCUCCAACUGAGAUUGUGAUUUAAGAAGCGCUCCGAAAGCUCUAACACCUUUCUCACCCAAGGCAUUGUUUGAGAGAUUCAGAGACUUCAAAACACUGCCUUCCAAAGCUUCUGAAAAUAUAUUCAUCACCUUCAGAGCUUCUGCCUCAGGUCUCCCAGCAACCAAAUCUGAUAGAUCUACUUCUUUCAACUGGCUUUUAAGUGAAGCCAAAAUGGGGUCAGCAACUUGGGCUGCUUCUAAACCAAAGCUUCUAUUGCUGAAGCAAAUCUUUGAAUAAGAAUUCCCUGGCUCCUGUAAUGGCUUUAGAAGUUUUUCAACCUCUUCAGCUUCAAUAAAGGCUCGUUUACCUUUAGAUAUAUCAAAAAAAGUUUCAUUGGAGACAAUAUGAUUUUCCUUGUCCUUUUUAAUAGAACCUCCUUUGAGAACUUGUAGGAGAAGCUUACUGCAUUCUCUUGCGUAUAGCUGCACCGCAGAACCUCCAUCACCAUCAGGCUCGUUUUCGUGAUGUUGAUCUGCUGUGAGAAAUGCCUUCUCUUCAAUGUACUUUGCAUUGUCUUCAGCAUCUUCCUUGUUCAGAAUUCCAUACUUUUGAGUGAAAAUAGAUUCAGUUGAAAGAUUGUUUAUCAUCCGCUCCACAAGGACUUGCCUAGUGUUUUGGCUAGGAGGCCACAGUUUGAUUGAAAAUGGCCGAUUUUGUGAAGUCAUAGUAGUUGCAUCCAUUCUAACUAUGAUCUACACAUAUAAAUUUUUUUAUUAGGCAAGCAACACUUUAAAAUAUUCAACACUUUAGAUUAUACAUUCUUAAAUCAUGAUAAAUAAAUAUAUAUAUAAAGUAGGAAAUAGCGAGAGAGGAAGCAACUAAGAAGGGCCGGGACUUGCAGUGCGAGAAGAAGACGGAGACUGUAGUCGACUGUGAGUCUGAGUCUGAGAAGGGAGCGGCUGCUUUGGUUAAGGC